CUCGUCACCCAAAGCAAUAAAUAAAUGAACUGCUUGCGUCAACUGCGGAGACCAUUCGGUCCAGCUUGCCGCACCCGACACGCGAACCAUCGACUUGCGCCCGUCGGGACCGGGAGCGCGCGCAACGUCACAAUGGCAGCUGCAUCACCUAAGACGGCUCUUGUAGUGGGAGGCGGCUUUGCGGGGCUCGCCGCAGCGCAGGUCCUGACCGAGCAGGGGCUGGAGGUGUUGCUGGUGGAGCAGGGCCGCGGCCUGGGCGGGCGCAUGUGCACACGCACGGCGACGGUGCCCGGCACGGGGGAGCGACUGACGUUUGACCACGGCUGCCAGUACCUGACGGCGCGCUCGCCGCAGUGGGACGCGGCGCUGGAGCGGCUGCGGGCGGCGGGCGCGGUGGCGGCGUGGGAGACGGGCGGGCGGGUGGGCACCGCCGCCCUGACCGCCGACGACGCACUGGACCUAGCCAGCUUCAGCGCAGACAAGGGCAAGGAGCUGCUCGUGGGCUGCCCCACCAACAGCGCAGUGGGCCGGGCGCUGGCCACCGCCGCCGGCCCGCGCCUCACCACACUCACAGGCACGCGCGUCAGCGGCCUCGCCUGGGACGGCAGCGCCUGGCGCGCCCGCGCCGGUCGGCCGCCGGUGCUGUCGCUGCGCGUGACGCCCGGGCGCGCCGGCAGCGCGGGCGGCGCGGGCGAUGAGGCGGCUGGCAGCACGGCUGGCAGCCCGGCUAGCAGCGUGGAUGAGAAGGAGCGUGAGCGCGAGGAGGUUCUGGCCGGUCUGGAGUCUCGCACCUUUGACCUCGUCAUCACCGCCAUGUCGAGUGUGUCAACCGCCAAGCUGCUGGGCGGCGGCAACGGCAACGGCGGCGGCAAUGGCGGCGGCAAUGGCGGCGGCAAUGGCAGCGUGCCGCUGGCGGCGGACGUGGCGGCGGCGGCAAGCGCCGUGCGCGCCAACGUGUGCUGGGCUGUAUUGGUGGCGCUGAAGAGGAAGCUGGACCUGCCCUUCGACGGCGCGCUACUCAGCCGCCCCGACCCCUCCGGCGGCCCCCUGCCGCAGUACGGCGCCAUCGCCUGGCUCGGCCGCGACAGCACCAAGCCGGGCCGGCCGCGGGUGGCGGGCGGCGCCGGCGAGGCGUGGGUGCUGCAUGGCGGCCCCGGCUGGAGCAACGACCGCGCGGCGGCGGCGCCGGAGGCGGUGGCGCGGGAGCUGCUCGGCGAGCUGGCAAAGCUGGCGCAGACGGAGCUGCUGCCGGAGCGCGACGUGCUGCACAUCGAGGCACACCGCUGGAACAACGCCUACCCGCUCAACCCGCGGCCGCCCGUGCCGCCACCGCCUGGCAGCCGUGCCGCCGAGCUGGGCCCGGGGGUCCUGGGCUUGGGCCCGGGGGGGCCGGGUCUGGGUGGGUUUUACAUGCUGCGUGCCGAUAUGGCGUUGGCGGCGUGUGGGGACUGGGCUAAGGGGCCGCGCGCGGGCGACGCGUAUGUGAGCGGGUGGGAGGCGGCGCAUGCGCUGCUGGCGUCGGUGUGAGUGGACUCAGUGGAGGUGCGGCCGGAGGCGGAGGUGGAGGAGGUCACAUCUCGAGGUGACGGGUGGAGGCGGGCGAGGGCUUGCUUGCAGGAUGGGUGUGGCCGUGUGGUGUGGCUCAAUGGUGGGGGCUGGGCGCUGGGGGCUGGGGGCUGGGGGCUUCCAGGCGUGAAGAGGGGAUGGUGACGGUGUCUUCCAGGCUGAAGUAAGGGGUUGGUAACUUGGUCGCAACCAACAGGUUCACUCACCGUUUCGCCGAUUGGAAGGAACAGCCGCAUGCGUUCAGGAUGGAGAGAGGGGUGCGUGGUGGAUGCCAACGGUGAUUGGGGCACGGCUGAUUGCGGCUUGCGCACGUCGUCUGUGGUGGCGGCAAUGACAGGGAGCGAGAUCACGUACCAACGCGUCGCACUGUCGCAGCAUGGGGGCCAGUCAUGCCACGGGCAUCCUGGGAAGCAAGGUACCGCAAGGUGAUCUUGGGAAGGUAGGGAGGGUGGCGUGUUGUAGGUCACGACCGCCGUGAGGGCGUGCUGUUUCCCCGCAGAAAGGCGGUGGUGGCAACGAUCAAACCGCGGACCUAUGGUACAUGUAGAGUGGGGCAGGGAAUAUUGGAUGCUUCAGAUG